UUCAACUUGCGGGAAAACCGGAAGUCUGCUAGAGAAUCAAUCCCAAUAGAAACAUGGCCGAAGCUCCACCUGAGAUCAUUUGGGAACAUGAAGUUCGCCGCUUGCUGCACUAUGGUGAGCUUAUUCCGCGCCUGGAAACGGCUUUGGGCAAAUUCUCCAAAAGGAACAGCGCGGAAGUGAUCCAGCCCGUGCGCACCACUGUCCCUCUGCAGAAACACAGUGGGUUUCUCGGAGUGAUGCCCUGCUACAUGGAGAACGACGGAAUCUUGUGUACAAAGUUGGUGAGCUUCUACAAAAGACCGGCUGGGUCCACUUUACCAUCAACCCAAGCCACUGUGAUGCUCUUGGACCCUGAGUAUGGGAAUGUGAAGGCAGUUAUGGAUGGAGAAGUUAUCACGUUCAUGAGGACAGCCGCAGUCUCAGCAAUCUCAGCUAAGUUGCUGAUGCGCCCUGAUGCAGAGGUGCUGACAAUUUUGGGAACAGGAAAACAAGCCAAGAGUCAUUACAAUGUUUUCACAGAAAUCUUCCAGUUUAAGGAGGUGCGUGUGUGGAGUCGCUCAGUGGACAGAGCAGACACCUUUGCUGGCUCUUUAAAUGGUCCAGUAACUGUUUGCAAGUCAGUGGAGGAGGCGGUGAAGGGAGCAGAUAUUAUAGUGACCGUCACCAGAAGCACAGAGCCAGUACUGUUCGGUCAGUGGGUGAAACCAGGUGCCCAUGUCACAGCAGUAGGAGCAUGUAGACCUGAUUGGCGUGAACUGGACGACACAUUGAUGAAGCAGGCAGUGGUGUAUGUGGACAGCCGGGAGAGUGCCAUGACGGAGUCUGGAGACAUCAUCCUCUCUGGGGUUGAAAUUUUUGCUGAAAUUGGAGAUGUAAUCAAUGGAACAAAACCAGCUUGCAGAGAAAAGACCACUGUAUUUAAAUCCCUAGGUUUGGGGGUUGAAGACGCAGCCUCUGCUCAACUGGUCUAUGACAAGUGGAAACAAUGUUGAUUUAUAGCUACACAUUGUAACAUUAAGCUUAGCAACAAGAAAUCUGUA